GACAGGUUCUUCGAUGGCCUCCGGAGUCCGGAGUAAAUUCUUUGCCCGGAGUUAGUCAGCCAUAGUCUCGCGGUCCGGCAGAACUCGACGCGUCUGUACCGCGUUUCGCAAAAACCUGCCUCUGUUCUGCGCACCUUCUAGUAUAGUUUGAUUGUUCAAUCGAAGUAUGCAGCAAUAGUUAGUAAAACCAAUGUUAGUACCCAUUUGAUAACGCGCCCGACUGAAAGUGCAGCAACUCCGGUAAAUCGGGACGGAUCUAAGAACGUGCUGCGCUUACAAAGUUGCUGCUGUUGAAGUGUACUACAUAUCACACCGCCUGUUUAUCAACCUGUGUGGUGUACGCGCACGCUAUAGAGUGGAAUCGCAGUAGAAUAGAGGAGAGUUUGAUCCGAGUUUCGAAUUUACAUCUCAGCAGCGAAGAUGCCUUGUUCGGCGGUCACGCUCAGCUUGGCGACCAUCACGUCCAUCAUUGCGGUUGCGCUGCUCACCAUCGCAUUUGCCACCGACAACUGGCUCUACAUUGAAGUGAAAAGGACUAAUAUUCAGAAUUAUUUGAGCAAACACUCUGAUGCGCAGAGCCAAGCCCUGCUGGAGAGCGUGAACUCGAAGUAUUAUUACUUCACGAGGACUAAGGGAUUAUUUCGAAUAUGCUACCCGAAGGAACGCCCACCAACAGUGAAAACCUAUUUAAGUCCAGUGGAAACGCAUUGCAAUAACAUCAAUUACUACAUAUCCGACGAAGACAACGACACCAGGGAUUUCACCGACGACGCGUGGACGAAAUUGCAUAUGAGUCGUUCGAUGAUUGCCCUCUUCGUGAUUGCAUUCCUGUCAAUAUUUUCCGCAUUCUGCACUGGUGUGGCAGGUUGCUGGCGACGAUCGCCUGGAAACAUCACAGCCACUGCGAUAUUAAUGCUUUUAGCUUGUUUACUGAGCGCUGGUGCGAUGGGUUUGUGGCAUGGGGUGGAAUAUUUUGAAAAGGAGAAAGUGGUCGGAGAGGAAUUCUAUCAACAGUGGAGCAAUGUGUUGCGCGUUAACACACGCAUCAAUUACGAUUGGAGCUACAUGCUGGCGUGGGUCGGUGUCGCAUGGUCUCUAGUCGCUGCUAUCCUCUUUUCGGGAGCCGCAAUCUGUCUGCGAGGCGAGCGAGAACGCGAGGAGGCUAUCAAUAUGCAGUACCUUAUGCCCGUGUACCCACAAAAGCAGCAGUAUGCCUACGCUGGUUAUCCAAUGGCACAUCAGCAGUUUGCUGGACCAUACUACACUACCGGAUCAGCUUAUGGACCUUACAACUAUUGAACACAAUAAUGAUCCGAUGAUAGAAACAACGAACGCGAACGAAGCUCAAUUGCGAUGAACUUGACUGAGUUUUUACAGAAAGGAAAAAAAGAAAGCAAACAAUUUUUGGUGAAAUUUGAGAAAUUGGUGGUUUUGUCCACUGGUUGUUAUUAGGCAGCGAAUUCAAUUAAAUUUUUAUACAAUUAUGACCAUUAUUUUAAUAAGUUAAGCGAAUAUAUUAUAAUACUAUUGUAAUGUGCAAAUAGAAACAAUACGAUCCAUGAUUAAUUUAAGACGAUAAGCGAACAAGCAUUCAGGUAAACUUUUAUCGAAACUUAACAAACCUAGUGUAUUUUAUAUGUAAGACGCGAAAAAUAUAUUUUAUGAUAACGA